UUUUUAUUGAAAAAUGUUAAUUGAGAGUGAUCAGAAUAAUGUAUUACAAGAGAAAUCACUGAAUGAGGACAAGCCUCAAAAAGUUACUGAAGAAGACCUCGUCAAGAAAUUGACCAUAAAUGGAAUUCAGAAGAUUGUUAGAGACCAUGAAGAGAAAUUAGAGACUUCUUCAGAAGGAAUCGUGUGCCAGGUCAUUCAAAUAAAAUCAUUUGAAGCUGGAGAGAACAAGAAUAUGAGGACUAGGCUUCAUAUAUCUGAUGGAAGCUCCUACCUUAUUGCCUUUGUAAAAAGGAAUAUCAGUGAACAGAUGCCCAUCUUUAACGAAUUUUCGAUCAUACAACUCCAAGGUCAUGUCAUGAGCAAGCUUAAAGAGAGAUUUGUAGUUGUCCUCACUGCUCCUCCUAAGGUUCUAUACGAAAAAUGCCAUCUUAGGAUUGGUGCUCCAAUGCAAUAUGAGCUACGAAGGAAGAGGAGCCUGCUAGAUAAUGAUUUUAUUCCGAUCAUACCCUAUCAAGCGAUUAAAUCUCAUAUGGAUCAUCUUAAAACGAAUGGAGAGUUAAUUACUCCUGCCGAAACAUGAGUGAUGAAUAAAGAAAAUAUCAGCUCUGUAUCUAGCUCAGAAGUAUCACUCAAGCACUCUAAUGAUGAAUAUUACACUCCCAUAAAGUGACUGACAACUUUCACUUAUGACUGGAAGAUCAAGGCUAGAAUCCUAAAGAAAUCAGACAUCCGGAGAUGGAGGAAGCCUCAAUCAGCCGGCCAGUUGAUGAAUAUUGAGUUGAUCGAUGCAGAAGGGACUCAGAUUCUUGCAACUUUCUUCAAUGAUGCUGUUGAUCAAUUCGACCACAUGCUCCUUGAAAAUCACGUGUAUGUGUUUACAUGUGGCACAGUGAAAAUUGCCAAUAAGAGAUUCACAAGUAUCAAGAAUGACUUCUCACUGAUAUUUGACAUAAGCUCUCAGAUCCAAAGAGUUGAGGAGGAUGAGAAGAUCGGAAAGCAAGGGUUUCAUUUCUUCAAUAUCCGCCAGAUCGAACAAAUGAGAGAAAUCACAACAAUAGACUUCAUCGGGGUUGUCCAUUAUGUUGGCCCAAUCACUUUGAUAAAUCUUAAGAACGGUACACAAAAAGAAAGGAGGAAUAUUCUUAUGGCUGAUGACACAGGACUGACACUUAACCUAUGAUUCUGGGGAGAACAUGCAAAUAUGUCUGAUUACCCAGAUCAUCCAGUUCUAGCCUUAAAAUCUGUAAGAGUCAGUGAUUAUAGUGGUAGAUCCCUCAAUUCAGCUGAAGGAUGAACAGUACUGAUUAAUCCUGACAUGGAGAAAGCACAGAAGCUCAGGAAAUGGUAUGACUCACUUGAAUCAAAAGAUAACCUUAAAUGUAUAAGUUUUGAUGCUUCUAAGAUAGGCAAAGAGAACGCAAGGAACAAUGAAAGACUUUUGGGUGAGAUCCCUCAAUAUCUAUACCUCCAGUUCUUAAGAGAUGAUGAAAAACCUGUCUUCAUCAUGGCAAAUGCCAUCAUUCAUUACAUCAAAAAUGAUGAUAGGUCAAUCUACCACGCUUGUCCAGAAGAGUUAUGUAGAAGAAAGGUAACCUGGAAGGAAGACCUCCAAAGAUGGAGAUGUGAGAAAUGAAAUCAAGAGUAUGAAAAAGCAAUCCCUACUUUUGUCCUCACAGUCAAACUCUGUGACUUCUCUGGUGGACUCUAUGUCCACUUUUACAGAGACCUUGGGCGAGCGAUUAUGGAUAUUGAUCCUGAAGAACUUCUUAGACUGAAGCAAGAUGGAUUCGUCAAAGAAUAUAAUGAAGUCUUUCAGAGGAAUAGCUUUAAACAUAUCAAAGUUCUUAUGAAAGUGAGAAUGUACAAAUGUGAAAAUGGAGAUUCAAAGAUCAAUUAUCAUGCUUCAAGAGUCCUUGACCACUCCUUUGCAUCAGAAAACCAAAAUUUACUAUCCAAACUCGAGCUAUAUAAAGACAGGCCUGAUAUUCUUGGAGAGGAAGAGAAGUGUGAGGUGACACCAGCACCAGAUGUGUCAAAUCCCGAUCAAGAGGUGGAACCAAAAGAUGACCCUCAAGUGCUAAAAUCUCAAAUAUCUUCAAGCUGUGAAGACCCUGCAGGUGGAAUUCCCAUCUACGAUUUUGCUGUAGACUAUGAAAGCUUUAAAAAUCAUGAUUAA